ACAUACUUACAGUGUGGACACUGUGGACAGUGUGUGCUCACAUGCAAUUGAUUCCUUCCAUGUGACGCAAAAGAGACAGUAAUAUUUAUUCGAUAUAUUGGCAAAAGUGUCAAAAUGACGAUGGAAACAAUGGAGACAAUGGAGCAACAAUCCGAGAACACUGAUUUAAAGCCCAAGGACACAAGCAGCCAUGCCAAAGAGAUCUCGGAAAGAUUUACCGACAAUGGAGGAUCAUAUGACAUGGUAGUGAAAAAAAUGCUCAAUGACGGACACGAAGGAGAGCUGUGCCUCUGGCUGAAGGAAGUAAGCUUAAUCAGAUCAGACAUGAACUGCCUAACUGAAAGCUGCAAUGGCAAAAGUCUCACGUGGCAACCCUCCAGAGUAGUUGAUAAAUAUUGCUGGUAUUGCACUAACUGUAAGAAAAAACAAUUCAUCAGGGACAGUUCAUUUUUCUUACAAAUCAAGUGUGAACUGAAAAUCUGUAUGCAAAUCAUUGUUGCCUGGUGUCAAUUUACACCUUCUGAAGUAGUAGUGUCGUACUUAGGAUUAAAACACUUUGUUGUUCGAAAAACUUACGAAAAAUUAGCAAAAGUAGCUGAACUGUAUGUGGUUAAUCAUAUAAAUGAAUGGAUAUUAGGUGGCCCAGACAAAAUUAUAAUUAUCGACGAAUAUCCUAGUGGAUAUAUGACGGAAACUUUAAUUAACGCUCCAGUUACUAAAAGACGAAAUAAUAAUAAUUGUCAUACCAUUUUGUGCAUGGCUGAAGUAAAGGAUAUUCCUCCUAGAAUGUGGAUGCAUAUAAUGAACGCUAAUCCAGAAUCUAUAUCUCCGAAAAAUGCGAAAAAUCAAAAACAAGCAACCAAGUGUGGUAUGGUUGAAGAAGCUUUAAAAGAAAUUUGUGCCCAUGCAAAACCUGGUAGUUAUCUCAUAGCAAAUAAGAAAGCUCGUUGCUGCAAUUAUGAGUCAUUGAAAGAAUUAAAAGACUACAAAGUUGUUAGUCUUGAAGGUUUACAAACUCAUGAUACUCCUGGAAAGAAUGAACUCUUAAACAAUAUUGAAACCAUAUGGCAAACAGGGAUUGAAGUAUGUGAAGAUAUUCAAGACACCACGCGCGCUCAGGGGUUGCAAUUUUUUUAUCUACACUUGUGGAGACAAAGAUUCGCUACGACCCCAGCAAGUGCUUUUGAGCACAUUAUACAACACAUUGCCGAGUGUUUUCCUUUCACGUAAACUUGUGUGUUUAAAUUUAAAAAUGUAUUAUUUUGAGCUUUUCAAAUAAUUUAUUUAGCUAGGAAUAUCAUUAAGAAAGAGACUAUUUGUAAGAGUUAUAUAUUUUCUGAGAUAUUUAAAGUUUAAGCGAGAAAAGAAGUCUUCCAAAACGACAUUUCGCGCACAAUCAAAAAUCACACAAGUGCCUUAAAUAACUUGAGUUAUGUUUAAUUACAACUGUUAACUACUUAGAGAAUUUAUAAGAAAUCAGUGGUUUUUUGCCUUUGUAAGUCUUACAGCACAUACUGAGCCAGAGAGGCUAAAGUGUCUUAAUAGCAUUAUAUUCUUCAAUUCCAGUGAAAUAUUCCUUUAUUGUUAUAAUGAU